AUGGCUGCCGAACUCACCUCAACCAAGCUCAACCCUGAGAGCCAUCUCCUCUUGGACCAACCUCUUCUCCGUCUCCCCCACGAACUAGCAAGACGAAACUUCAAAUCCGUACAGAGAAUCGUCGAACGAGAAAGAGAUUACAUCAUCCCCGCACUGAAAGAAACCGCAAAUGGCUCGUUGGCCGGCACCCAGACCCCCGAUCAGACGCUCGCCUCCUUGGACGCCAUGAUAGCUAGAAUGCAGGGGUUGAAACGGAAGAUGGAGUCCCUGCAAGAAGAGGAGAAAAGGAUUCAGACGCAGUCGAAGAAGCGUAUCCAGCAUCUUCAAGAUCUUUAUAAGAUUCAGACCCUGGCAGAUGUCAAGUAUGAGGAAUGGUCGCGGACACGACUGGACAGAUUGAUUGUGGAUCAUAUGCUACGUUCUGGCUUCCCCGAAAGCGCGAAACAGCUCGCAAAAGCAAAGGGUAUUGAGGAUUUGGUCGACACUGGCACCUUCGUCCAGUGUCAACGCAUUGCGGAGAGCUUGCGGUCCGGAGAUGCCAAGGAAGCAUUGCAAUGGUGUGGUGAAAACAAGGUUGCUCUCAAGAAGAGCCAGAAUACCUUGGAAUUCGAAUUACGCCUUCAGCAAUACAUAGAAAUGGUCCGGACGGGCCAGCCGACUAAGAUGAUUGAGGCCAUGCAACAUGCCAAAAAGUAUCUUUCACAGCACCUCGAGACACAGUCUGUAGAAAUUCACCGUGCUGCCGGUCUACUUGCUUUCAAGAAAGAUACAGACGCAGAGCCCUAUAAGUCUAUGUACUCUCUCGAUCGUUGGAAAUAUCUCUCGGACCUCUUCCUUCGCACGCAUCACGAGCUACUCUCACUACCCCCUCGACCACUACUCCACAUAGCUCUAUCCGCCGGCUUGUCCGCUCUAAAAACACCAGCAUGCCACUCACAAUACACCUCCUCAAGCACCAACAAUUCAUCAAUCACGACGUCACUUUGCCCGAUCUGUUCCACAGAGCUGAAUGAGCUGGCUAGACAUGUGCCGUAUGCGCACCAUACAAAGAGUUCGGUAGAGAAUGAUUCCAUCAUCCUGCCUAAUGGGCGAAUCUAUGGCCGGGAACGGAUACUAGAAAUGAGCAGGAAAGUUGGGUCCGUUGGGGAAGGGAAAGUGAUGGAUCCGACGACUGGUGACACUUUUGAUGAGAAGGACAUGAAGAAGGUUUAUAUUAUGUAG